UAUAUAGGAGAUCCAGUUAACAUAUACAUCGACGUUUUCCUAGCAAGCUUAGAUGGCAUCGAUGAGAAAAAUCUGGACUACACGAUCACAGCAACCAUUCACCAGAGAUGGUAUGACCCCCGGUUGACCUUCAAUCGAACUUUGACCCUACCCCCCUCGGCGUAUCUGGUUGACAAACUAUGGCAUCCGAAUCUCAUCAUCGGUAACGCUAAAGAAACACUUCUGCAUCACAUCUCACACCAAAACCAGUUGGUCACAAUUGACCCGGAAGGGAACAUCACUUUCUCACAAAGAUUAUCUCUCAAGUUAUCAUGCAAUAUGGAUUUUCAUCGUUUUCCAAUGGAUUAUCAAAAAUGCAACCUGGAUCUACAAAGCUUUGGUCUAACGACGAAUUUUUUGGUCUUCAUGUGGGGUGAUCAGAAGAUGGAAUUUCACAGUGACCAUUUGAAAUUACCCCAGUAUGUUUUGACUGGUGUAGAUUUCUUCGAUUGUACUGAACAGCAUUAUAAUGGGAUAUUCUCCUGUAUCCGAGCCCAGUUUACCAUGGAGCGUACCCUGGGUUAUUACAUGCUGCAAGCAUUCAUCCCGAGUAUCGCCUUGGUAAUGGUAUCAUGGGUAACCUUCUGGAUCGAUGUACGAGCCUCUCCAGCUAGGGUAGGUCUCGGUGUCACCAUCAUCCUCUCCGUCAUCUCCAAGACCAACGGUGUCAGGCUCGAUAUACCGCCCGUAUCAUAUCUCAAGGCGAUUGAUGUAUGGUAUACAUCGUGUCUUCUUUUCGUCAUCGGUUCCCUCCUCGAAUACGCUUUGGUUCAUCAUCUUUCUCUUUCUCCGAAGAAGACCAAACAGAGAGUCCUAGCUAUCAUACCAAAACAGGAUCCUCCAAUUCAAGAGAAUAUAUCGGAGGUUAACCAUGGAUCACUCUAUAACAUUUCGUCGUCUCAUCCAACACCUUCACAAAAUCAGCUCAUACGGCGAGAUGCAACAACCGGUGAAUUACGAACAAUAGCAACAGCGCCAUCUCUCGACAACAAACCACAAACCCCGUUGCAGACGACAUCGAGGCCGACGAGUCGUUUAGAUGUGUCGGUGCAAGGGAAGGAUACCUCUGACAAGCGGGGUCAAGAGGCAUCAAUAUUGGACCACUGUCGCGCCCUCCCAGGAGAAACGCACCUGAUCGAUUUGUUUUGUAGAUGGCUUUUCCCAAUUGGAUUUGCAAUUUUCAAUAUUUGCUUUUGGGCAUAUUAUAUGCCACCGCAUUAUACCCCCGCUUAUCUUGCGAACGACGAGAAAUUUGUAUCGCAUUCUGUUGGCGAUUUAUAGUUGUAGUAAUCAGUUUUAUGCCAGUAACUCAGCUUUAUGUGUCAGCUCAACAAUAUUUUUUUAAUAAAGCAAUUGGAUAAAAAGUACAUGCCUUAUUGUAUAUUUGAAACUUUGAGAUGAUUGAUAUACAAGUUGUGACAUAAACUGACAUAACAUGAUAAUAGAUUCAUGACAACCAGUCGGUUGCAGUAAUACACUGUUUCACAGGUAUGCGUUUUCCCCAUUCAUUU